GGCGUACGCAUUUCACUUUGCAUACACAAUCACUCAUUGCUACACGUGUUCUUCAUAUGCACUUUUCGUUCUCCGUUUCAACAGGUUUCUCUUAUUCUGGCAUCCCCAGAACGAACUCCCCUCAGUCUCUCAAUCCGAAGACCGAGGUAUGCAUUGCCGUAGUACGGGUCUCUCGAUCCGAAGACUGAGUUGUCCUUUCGUUUCUAGUCCGAGCCUUUCUUCAUUUGAGACUGGCCUUCCUAUCUCUGCCUCCCAUGGCAGCUUCUUUCAAACCGACAGAUGAAAGUUCGCAUCCAUAUGACGCACUCCUGAAUGACCAGGACUUUGACUCGAUAACAUCUGAUGCGAAGUUCAGUGCUGAUACUAGAACCGAAUUCUACGACCCGUGUUUGACGAGUCGUAGAUAUGCCCUUGUCGGAGUGGCAUGCUCAACUAUCUUCAGCUACUUAUGCAUCGUUCUAGGCAUUGCCACUGUAUACUCUAGCGGAGUCCUCGGAGUCAUCGAGACCGGCAUUUCCGCAGUGAAUACGAGUGUUAAUCCGUUGCCCCUGCAGGGGGAGAUAUUGGCACUGGCGCUUAACUUAAUCGUCACGUUAUGCACCGAGUCCAUAGGCCUCGUACAUGGUAUCACAUUGCGCUCUGCACUGGCCUCAGAGUCUCGACUUCAUUUCAACACCAAUCUGCGCCUUCUGACUGCAGCUCGUGGAUGGUGUAACCCUAACGGCACCCUGUUUAAUGGUAUCUUGGCUGUCCUCCUCAUUAUAUCCUACAGCUCGGCUUCACUCAUCCUAUGUUUGGCCUCGACAUCUAAUGAUCUUUCCAUCGACAACGCCGUCGUCAUCGUCAUGACAGGGAUACCUCUACUCGUUCUAGGUGUCGCACUCCUUCUCCAGGUGAUGAUCGCAUUGUCAGCGAUACGGGUUGUCAAAAUAUUGACGUGGAGCUCCUCACCUUUCGACUUGACCGCCGCACUGGUCCACCACACGCAAUUGACCCAUGUUACUUCGCGGUGCAUGUGUUGUGUGUCUGACCUAGACGCGGAUGGAGGUCCAGUGAAGCCACUAGAGAUACAGCCCUCUGCGUGGCAUGCUCACCCUAGCAUCCGGAAAGUUAUCAUUUCUCUUUGGGUGAUCGUUGCAGCAUGCGCUGGAUGGGCCGCACUCGUCACGUAUAUCUCUAACCUGAACAGUAAUUCUUUCAUCCCGAUGACCCCACAGACGUGGUCGUUCUUACCCAACCAGUCGUCCAGUUCCAUCUGGUAUUCUAUGCCCGGUGUCAAUCUUGAGAUGUGGAUUCUGCUCUUCGUCAACAUAGCAGUUGUCCAGGGACCCUUGACACUUGGGCUGCAUUGCUCGGAGCUCAUCGCGAAUGUCAUUCGAGACGAAACACAGUGGAGAUGCGCUACCGGAAGGAAAGGACUUAAAAUGGCGACGAACCCAGUGAAGACAAUUUUCACUCACCCAAUUUGUCUUGUACUUUUCGUCGCGAAGCCUUUCCUGCACUGGAUGUUUGGACUUUCAUUCCAGAUAUCUAACAACAUCGAUAUGGAGAACCUAGGAUGGUCGCUUGUAACCAUGAACCCUCCCCAGAUCUGGAACUUAUGCAUAGCGCUGUUUAUAUUUGCCUGUUUCUUCACUUUCGUCGCACUGUGGCGACCGCGCGGUCCUCAGCCGGCUGCAUAUGGCCACCUCCAGACGCUCGCCAACCUCGUGGACGAGUGGUCGCCUGUGAUGUGGUGGGGACACAAGGAGGACGGAAUCCCGUACUGUCAUGCUGGGACGAGCGAUCAUCCGCUGCCGGAUGUGAAGAUGGACUGCGUGUAUGCUGGUUCCGGUGCUGAGUCUCUGGUACCCCCCCUCGUGAGAGGUACUUGCUUGACUUUUUCUUCUUGAUUUCUCUUUUCAAACAGAGGAGCUAUAUUCAUGUCAGUCUGGCGAUGCAUUCACGGUGCACACAACCAGCCAUGCUGUUGAACGAGAUAUACCAUCUUUCUGCUGUCUGCUGUGUUGUAGUUGGUUCGUCUUGUUCUUAGCAUACCAUUCAUAUCUUGGACAACUUUUAGUGGAGAUACAUUCAAUUCGCCUUUCAAACAAUUACCAAAUCGUUGUGAUUCUGGUCGACGACACGUCGUAUAGUUCACUUGCGAAGUUAUAACUUUA